UUGCCAUUAAAUGGAAGGGAAUGAGCUCGUGGCUUUUCGCCGCCUAAAAAAUCGAAUGUUCCUUCAAAAUUAAAAAGCCAUUUUUCUUCACAAUCCAACGUUUUAGAUCUCAACACCCCAUGUCGAUAUUAUCAACCAUGGAUAUGCCUACCAUCGAUGUCGAGCUUGGGCCUGAGAAGCUUGAAGAUGAGAAACAAGCAGGUCCCUUGUUGCAUUGUGAUCUCUGUGAUACAGAAGUAGUUCACAAGUUGGCUCAAAUGUUCCUUCCAGGUCUAGGCAGUGCUUGUGUUGAUAACACAUCAGGUGAUCUCUUCAAGACGCCUGGUUCAGUGGCUGUUGAUUUGAGAAAGGAAAUGAUAGAGUAUGUUACCCAAAGAAGUGAGUCAUUUGUUGCUGAGUCUGUUAUCUUGGAAGGUGGUCCAGACGGUGAAGAAUCUGACCAUCCUUUUGAUAUCAUAUCUAAUUUCGUUGACGAUUUUGUGAGUUUGAAGAGGAAUCUGUUUAGCCGGGUUUCAGGAUGGCUGCUGAGUGAAAAGAGGGAAGACAAAAUAGAUGAUUUUGUUCAAGAGAUGGAAAUGAAUGGGUUUUGGACACUUGAUAGGAGAGAAACAAUUGCAGAAACUUUGCUCAAGAAUGUUGACUUUGAGAACAAGUAUCAUUGCAGCAUGAGUUUUAAUUCUGCGGAAGAACUUGCCAAUCAUGUUGAUAGCUGCAACUUUAGAUCUGUGAUAUGCGAAAAUGAGGGAUGCAAUUCCAGAUUUUGUGCAGCUCAUUUAAAGAAUCAUGAUUCAAGUUGUCCUUUUAAGAUAAUUUCAUGUGAACAGAAGUGUUCUGCUAGUGUUAUGAGACGUGACAUGGAUAGGCAUUGUAUAACUGUUUGUCCAAUGAAAAUUGUAAAUUGUCCUUUUUAUGCAGUGGGUUGUCGGUCAGCUGUUGCACAAUGUCAGAUUGAAAAACAUCGUUCAGAUGAGAUUAAUUCUCACUUGUGGCACUUGCUUAAAGGCACGUACAAGGAGGCAUCUGGGGAUGAUCUUACUCGACGAGUGGAGCAAAUUGUACAGGCAUCAUCAGGCAACCGUUUAGCAGAGGCUCGGGAUGUUAGAUCUUUGAACUUCAUUGUCAAGGAUAUUGAGGCUAAGCUAGGACCUUUCGAAAUGACUCCUGUAGAGAAAAAUAGUGCGGUGACUGUUGCCAAGGAUGGUGAUAAGGAAGGUGGUGAGACUGAUACAAUUGUCAGUGAAAGGAGCAUGAAGGCUUCAGAUGUUAAUUCAUCAGAUAAAGCUGAAGUGAGUGACAUGGUGAACAUGAAUAAUGCAGAGAAUACCACUAAGAAUGAAGGUAGUGAACUUAGUCCUGUUGAAAAAAAAGGCUCUGAAGAGAGGAUACAAACUUCAGAUAAGGAAUAUUUAUCUGAUAAAACCGAAAUUGGCCCCUUGACUGAUGAGAACAAAGAUGCUGCAGCUGGUGAAUUAAAAAUCGAGGGUAACGAAGCGAGCACUAAAAAACAUAUGGAAAAAUUAUCAAAUGAAGAAGUUAGUGCCAAAAAUGAGGCCAGUGCAGAUAAUAGCAUCAAAUUAAAAUCUAAUGAAGACAGUAAAUUCGAAGAUAAGGACAAAGAACAGAGGAUAGACAAUUCAGAGAAGGAAACUAAGGAUGGUGCAGAGAAUAAUGUUGAGAACAAAGAAAGUGGAGGUGAUGAGUUGAAAAAGAACAUACACACUUCAGAAGUAACUAAGAGUGGUGCAGAGAAUAAUGUUGAGAACAAAGAAAGUGGAAGUGAUGAGUUGAAAAAGAACAUACACACUUCAGAAGUAACUAAGAGUGGUGCAGAGAAUAAUGUUGAGAACAAAGAAAGUGGAAGUGAUGAGUUGAAAAAGAACAUACACACUUCAGAAGUAACUAAGGGUGGUGCAGAAAAUAAUGUUGAGAAUAAAGAAAGUGGAGGUGAUGAAUUGAAAAAGAGCAUACACACUUCAGAAGUAACUAAGGGUGGUGCACAGAAUAAUGUUAAGAACAAAGAAAGUGAAGAUGAUGACUUGAAAAAGAGCACAAACACUUUAGAAGUGUAAAAUUUAUCAAACAAAGUUGCAUGGAAGGGGAUGUACUGUGGAUAGUAAUAUCACUUGACAGGCAAAUAUAGUGAAGACUUUACUUUCAAUGGUGCUCUCCUGCUGAAUCUCUAUAUAUAUGCAGGAAAGGAUUUCAAUUUUGCAAUAACUGAUGACAUGCUGAUUUUUUUAAAGCUUUAAUAUCAUUCUUUUAUAUA